AUGGAGUCCAAAGGCAAUAAUGGCUACCGUGAUCCGCAUUUGGACAAAGUUCUGACCACCAUGAACUCCACCACCAUCGAGAAACUAAAUCGGAACUUCAUCGGCGACGGCAAGCCACUCAUUCAGAAGGUUCCCGCGUUCCUCCGUAGCAUCGAGAAAGCCGAUCGCCUCUUCGACCCGGACAUCGUCGCCAUCGGUCCAAUCCACCACGGCAACGACAAUCUGAAAGACAUGGAAGAAAUCAAGAAGAUGGCCGCGAUGGAGUUCUGCUGCAGUUCACUCAAGUUCUCGUCUUUCUACCACAGUGUGCGAAAGGUCGCCGCACAUGCUAGGGCAUGCUAUGCCCAUGACUUGAGUGGCGUCGGUGACGAUGAAUUCACCGAUAUGAUGUUCUAUGACGGCUGUUUUCUCCUUCAGUUCAUGACGAUGGUGGCGCAGGACCGUGGCCCGCCAGCCCACUGGAAGGUACCGCGUCUGAGCGAGAACAUGGUGCGGCGCAUCUCGCGCGACGUCCUCCUCGUCGAGAACCAGAUCCCAUGGGUCGUGCUGGAGUCCCUGAUUAGCCUCAAGCAUGUCCACGUCGACCGCUACAUUGCGGCCGCCAUCAGCGACUUCGACGUGCAGUGGGCGAAGCCGCAGGUCGACUUCGAGGGGGCCGACAAGUACCAGCCAUUCCACCUCCUCGACCUUGUUCGGCACCGUCAGUUGGGCCCCUUAGCGAGCCAAGAGGUCGACGAAGCACCACGGCCGAUGCUGAACAUCUGCUCGGCCAUGGAACUCGCCGAGGUCGGCAUCCAGCUCACUGCCAGCAAGACCGCGCGGUUCGCGGACAUUGGCGUGGGCAAGAGCCUACUCAUGGGGAAACUUUGGCUCCCUCCGGUGUUCCUCGGCGAGCUGACCAUGUGCUGGCUGACAAACAUGGCGGCCUUCGAGAUGCUGCAGGGCGGGACAUCAGACUAUGGCGUGAGCUCUUACGUGCAGGUCAUGGCGGUGCUAAUGAACUGCGCCGACGACGUGCGGGAGCUGCGCACCAAGCGCAUACUGUACCCGGUUCUCAGCGACCAGCAGACGCUCGACUUCUUCAAAUCCAUCUGCAGAUAUCUGCCGUAUGGGCAGCAGUACAAACGCGUUCUGCAGCAGCUCAGCGAUUACCACCACCACCGGCCGGUGAGGGUCACUCUGCACAAGUUCGUCUACACCAACUUUAAGUACAUCCUCACUGCCGGCUCGGCCUUCGGCUUUCUCAUACCCAUCCUCAAAGCCAUCUUGUCCCUCAAGCAGAGUGCUCCACCGCACGCCUUCUAG